AGACACUCUGCCUCAACCCACUGUUGAAAGUAAUGCUGAAGCGAAACUAGUGAAAAGUAUUCUUGCUGUUGCGGUGAAUGAUGGUAAUGAAGCUGAUGAAGUUUUAAAGAAGUUUCCCUUGCAGAAAGCUCUUCGUGUGUGCGCUUGGAUGCGAAGAUUUGCAAAUAAUGCCCUUCAUAAAAAAGGACGAUCCCGCGUGAUAGGACCGUUGACCACUAGCGAACUUGCCCGGCAGCGUCAGUUCUACAUUAAGAGAGCUCAGGAAAAUUGUGACCUUGACAUCGAUCGAGUGGCUUUGAACUUACAACCUGACAAAGACAAGCUGUUACAAUGCCGCGGAUGUAUUCAAGGAAAGUAUCCAAUUUAUGUCCCUGACCAUCAUCUCAUUUCACAGAGAAUCGUCGAAGAAGCACAUCAACACACAUUACAUGGCGGAGUUGGUUUAACAAUGGGCCACGUUCGUGCACGUUAUUGGAUUUCCCGGCUAAGGCAGCUCGUAAAAAUGUUAGGAAACGUUGUUAUGGAUGCA